CAACGAACGAAAGAAAGAAAACCAAAACAACCCACCCAAACAAACCCCCCAACCGUACAACCCCGCCGAGGUGUGGUGAUUGAGACAAGUGGAGCACCCUCCUACACUCAUCCACAGACGCCACUGCGACACGAACGCAAGUAUGUCAACGAGGACGGUGGAGGUUGGCGCAGCGUCGCAGCUCCGGGCGGAUACAUCCAGGCCUGGACGCGUCGUGUUGUCAUGGGCGCGGCCCAUCAUGGACAACAACGAGGCAACGUUUGCGUUUCGGUGUCGAGUGCUGAUGCGGCUGAUCGGAAGGAACUAUCCUGGAUUUCCGACAAGGGACAAUGGCAACGAGGACGAAGAGGAAGAGAGGAACAGCAGCUGGACACAGGUGGCCGAGGGCAAGGAGAUGCUGGAGUUGACACUGGACAGCCUUCCUCCGGCAUCUGUGUUUCAAUGGCGUGUGCAGACAAUGUUGAUUCGAGGACAGGGCGAGUCUUCGGCCAUUGGCACGUUUACCACCCAGGAUGCGCUGCCACUCUCUCCGCCGCGGGGCGUGUCUGCUAUCGAAGUUGGGCUAGACUACGUCGAGCUCAGCUGGAAGCCGCCACGCUUCGUCAACGGCUGCGUCACACACUACAUUAUCUACUAUGACAUCUUCGGAGAGAACACACACCAGGAACGCCUGGUUCCAGGCGAUUGCACCAGCUUUCGUGUCGAGCACCUCUUCAAGCAGAGCUGUUACAGAUUUCAAGUUGCGGCGAGAACAAGUGCAGGGGAGGGUCCACCAUCAACGAUCGUCUUCCAGGAGACCCGGGCAAGCCCACUGCAAGCGUUCCUCCAUCAGAGCAGCGCUGCGAGCACACCGUUCAGCAACCCAAUGAAGAUGACAUUCGUGGCAGGUCAGUCCAACCACGUGCCACCGACAAGGCGCCGUUGGCUAUUCCCGCUCUUGGACACACGGCUCUUGGAGUCUGCGGAUGGGCACGCAUCUGAUGACGAGGACAGCCUUGCCGUUGCCAUGCCAGAGGCGUAUGAGGACGCCGAUGGCCGUCCGCGGCGUGGUGCACAGGGGGGCGUCGGAAGCGGUGCCAUGAAGCAGCUGUUGCAGAAGUUCCAGCAUAGCGCAGCCACAGUACCACAGGUAACAGCUUCCGAACAAAGACGAAGAAGAAACUUGCUUGGAGGCACUGUUGGCAGCGCAUUGAGUGCUGCGUCGAGAACAAGCAGCGGGCAGCAGCACGGGCGUGGCAAUGAUGUUGAUGGUGAUGAUGCUGAUGAUGAUGACGACGACACAAGUGCGCAUGCGCUGCCUUUGUCGAACAUCCCACGGGAUGCGCCGUGCUGCCGGUCAUGGUACGAGCGCGGGUGGUCGCUGUACGCUGGCCAUAUUGGCUUGCGUGGCGGCGCCCACUACGUUGUGUGGAUCUUCCGCCGCCUCAAACCGCGAACACAGGAACAUCGAUUUGCAGCAGAGGCCACAUGCCUGCAAACGCGCAAGACAACGUCCCUCGUGAGCCGGGGCAUGAACGCGCCCAACACGCUUGCAGCGCGCUUUGCUGCCGUUGUGGAGCUGGCCAGAAUUGGCGGAACUGUCCCCCCAGACGUCGCCAUGACCACCUAACCAGCUGUGUGUGUGUGUGUGUGUGUGUG